CUCGGAUUCAAGGAGGGUUAAGCUUCGACGUCGGGCGUUGCUGCAUCAAGUCACGAAAGCAUUCACCACGUUUCCACCGAAAGAAAGACAUGGCAGAAGAAACACCGCAUAUCGGCGAGCUCGCUUCAGCUAUACAAUCUGCAUCAAUACAGCAUCAUCCGUCGCCCGAACAUGACAUCAAUCCGUCAACAGCCGCUUCGCUGAAGACACCAGUCCGAUUGGACGAGGACGCCAACGAUGCAAUCGACGACUCAGAUCUAGAAGAAGACGAAGUACCACUGAAUGUUCUGCGGCCGCUUCCGAGGCGGCAAGGGAUGCCUCCAUUGCCUGAUAUGCGCUUCGAGCAAAGCUAUCUGCGCAGCAUUGAGAAAGCGGAUAAUUGGAUGGGCGUAGCAUAUAUCACGUUCAGAGAUCAGAUCAUGCUCCCACUCCUACAAGGCUUUACCUGGUCACUAAUCGUAUUCGGAUGGAGACAUUGGAACAGAGCAAGUCAGUUCUCGGGGGCGACGAUUGGAGCGCGGAUACGUAGAUGGUGGUGGGGCGUCAACAAUUGGAGGAUACCAGACGAGAAGCGAAACAUGAGCAACAAAAGGCUAGCUGCAGACGUUCGAGACUUUUAUGAGUUCAAGUUCUCGAAUGCAGGCUCGGACUAAGGUUUGCACGAACCCUCCCGAUUUCCGUGGAAUGGCAAAUGAGCAGAUACCCUCCAGACACAUGUGCGUGUACUAGCGAAAGAGUACCGGAAAUAUACGUAUGGCUAGCAUCGACAUAUCCUUUCACAUCCAUUCGUUUCCGGGUUGUAUCUUACAACUUCUCUCCGCAGGUUCAUUGUCCGUUAUGCGAUUUCUGCGGCUUCUCUUGCAUCGAAUAUCCUAUGCGCACUAGAGACUUUGUAGAAGGGAGCUGGACCCCCCGCCUCCCAACUAGAAGGUCCGUGGUUUACAAGACAUGGUUUACAUGCUCAAAGCGGAGUAAUGGUAGAUGCCGCUUGCGAACCCCUUACGUGAUUUUUACAUUACGGCAUGCGUUGCUUAAAAGCUUGGAGAGAAGUGGUCCUAUGCGAAAACGAGAUGGAACUGUACUUAUAAUACAGCAUACUGAACACACAGAUGCACAACAAUACAGAUCAAACAGAUAGCAGUGUUGUCUCACGUUAUCUUAAAUCCAUAGAUAUUUCUGGGCACGUUUGUCGCAACCCUCUCUUGCAGUGAGGAGCCGGCAAGAAUUUGAUCUACCAUCAACUUUGCUCCUUUUAA